GGAAUGUCUGGUAAUGUUAUUCCAAGAGCACUCCUUCAAGCAGUUAGUACAAACGGGCUGGGUAGAUACAUACCGCAACUCCAAAGGGUGACCAUCAAAUUUUGCAAAGCACGUCCUGAUACCGUUGGCGUCAGGGAUUACAUUGAAAAACACUUGGUGGACUUCGCACGGCGAAAUCCUGCUACAGUGGUUUACGUGAAGCCAAGACGUCGAAGACCACCGCUGAUUGUCGCAGAGUAUCUUUGUGGUAACUGGCAAUAUGUGCAGGCUUCCAUGAUGGAUUGUGACGAAGUGUAUAAUUGGAUGGAGUUGCUACGUAACCGAUCUGGUUUGGAUAUUUUGCCAAUAUACAAAAAAUGGUCUACAAAAUUCCCUUCAAUCCAAGGAAUGUGGCAUCCCUUUUAUCACGAUCAGACAAACGGCACACGGCUGCUUACUCCUGAAGAAAUUGUCCAAAAGCUUGACGAACUGUCUCAGCCUCCCAUUAAAGAGGUCACUGCGGAGGAUCGGCUUAUUGAACUGUCUAAAAAGCAGCAACAAAGAAUUGAUGCAUAAUGACGUUGUUACUAUGCAGUGACUGCUUUCUACUAUGAUUGUGUACAACAUCACAUACCUCGGUACUCAUCCUAUAAGUCACUGCAGGUUUAUUGACACUGUAUAUGGGUUUUACGGCUGUUUUUUGACCUACAUUUGGUUGCUGGAAGUUCCAUUUAAUCUUAUCUCUGCAACAAACGCGUUUCCUUGAUCAUCACGAGUGCCGCUUGCCUGUCUGAGGUUGUUGCAUCCACUGUUUUCGUUGAAUUGAUUUUUCAUGAGAUUUCACAUGUGAACGCUAUUGAGUUGGCUUUGUGAUCAACCGGUGAGCGAAUUGUUCAAGCGUCCGGCUAGUAGUCCACACAUCACAGAUUUGAUCCUGCGUGGGCGACCGCAUGACCCCAGUGGUUGUGUGGUAGCCAAGCGUCAGUACAAGGCGCCGAGGUGUAAUUCCAGUGCGCCCACUGUAUUCACA